AUGGUGGCUCUGCACACCCUUUAGCUGCUGCAGCAGGAGGGGGGCUCAGGGGACCGUCCGGGCGCCCCAGGGAGCCCGCAUGACCUAGACCACGUGCCCACCACCCCGGCGUGUCGCUCAGGCCCAGGGCUGGCAGGGCCCAGGAGAGGGCGGGAAGAGGAGGGCGGGAGCCGGGGGAUCAGGAAUCUGGGGUCCAGGGCGCAGGCGAGCUCCGCCGAGGUGGAAGCUGUGCGAGGUGCCAAAGGGGGCGCGGAACUGCUGCCCUUCCCCGGGGGCCGCGGGCCCUGCAUCCUGGCUCGGAUGGCGACACGCAGCUCGCUGGCCUCGGAGCUGGUCAGAGUGGAGCAGACAGAUGCUCCUGGGCCCCCUCCGCAGGAGCGGUCCUUCCCCAUCCGCCUGAAGGACAGUGUUGAGUUUAGAAACAUCUGCAGUCAUUUGGCUCUACAAACUGAAGGACAGCAGUUUGACAGAGAUUUGAAUGCUGCCCACCAGUGUUUGAAAACGAUAGUCAAGAAGCUGAUUCAGUCACUUGCUAAUCUUCCUUCUGAUGCCCACAUGGUAGCCUGUGCUUCCUGGAGACAGAUCUUACAGAAUCUCCCUGACAUAUGA